CGUUGAGGCAAUAUAAUUAUAUUGGGCUUACUUCAAGAUGGGACGAACGUUUUUAGCCGACGAGAAAAUUCAAGCAUAUGUUGAAAAAUUACAACGUUCAGAGACAUGGUAUCUUGGUCUUGUGAUAGGAAAGCUGUCGAGCCCAAAGGAUUAUGUUGUACAUCUUGUGCGCACACCGGAACCAAUGGAAGAUCAGGCCGCUGAUGAUGAUGCAGAUAAUGCUGCGAGCGCCGAGACAUCAACCAGGAAAAGACGGAAGUCACAGACCAAGCCAGCAAGCCUUGAAGCUAUGAAUGAAUUAUGGGCUUCUACACAUGCUAAACAAGUUACAAUGAUGUUACCAGGAGGACUGAGCGUAAUAGGAAUUUUUGCUGUUGCACCAGACAAAAUGAUUGAAAAAUCACAAGCAAAACUCAGACAGAUCUUGUUUGCAAUUCAAAAACAGGAGAGAAAAUCACCCGUGCCAGAAGUUUCCGGAGCUGUCACAGACAGGGUGCUUCUACAGAUCUGUUCUACAACAAAAAAAUACACCUGCCGGACCAUAGAUGUCAAUGAUCCAAAGAGCACAUUUAGACCAGCAGAAUGGAAGUUUCAGUCGCUCACAGAAACAUGGAAUCGUCUAGAGACCAAUCUCGGUGUUAAUAUCCCUGUUGAUAUCCCAGAGAAAUCACAGAGUACAUCACUAGCUAAGCAAAUACAGAAUGGUUUACAGCCAUUUUGUCAGAGAUUAAGAACCAGUCUAGUGCAGAUUGAUGGUAAACUAAGAAAGGAAACAGAACUUUUGGACCAAUCUGUUGAAAAAAAGGGUAAAGGCAAGGAUAAGUCACAGAGAUCUCAGACAACAUAUCAGUGCAAUAUCCUUGUCAAACAUUCAAACCCAUGCCCACCAGCAGCACCAGUUGUUGAGACAACUUCUACACAACUUUUUAAGGGGGGCACAACAGGGUAG